AGAUCCACACACGCCGCUUCCGAAGGCCAGCCCAGGGAGCUCUGGCGCCGCCCGCCGGCCUUCCGCCUUCCGGUGGCUCGCGGACUCUUCCUGGUCCGGCCUGUCGCGGCAUGGCUCCGCUGCGCUUCUCCGCCAAUCUGUCCUGGCUGUUCCCGGAGCUCCCCGACCUCCCUGCGCGGCUGCGGGCCGCAGGCAGCUCGGGCUUCGAGGCCGCCGAAGUGGCCUGGCCGUACGCGGAGCCGCCCGAGGCUCUGGCGCGCGCGGCGCGGGUAGCCGGGCUGCAGCUGGUGCUGAUCAACACGCCCCCGGGAGACCAAGAGAAGAGGGAAAUGGGCCUGGGGGCCGUCCCCGGGAGACAGGCGGCCUUCCGAGAAGGGUUGGAGCAGGCUGUGCUGUACGCCAAGGCUCUGGGCUGUCCUAGGAUCCACCUGAUGGCUGGCAGAGUACCCCAGGGGGCUGAUAGAGCAGCAGUCAGGGGUGAGAUGGAGACAGUUUUUUUGGAGAACCUGAGGCAUGCAGCUGGAGUUUUGGCUCAGGAGAACCUCGUGGGACUGCUGGAGCCCAUUAACACCCGCAUCACUGACCCCCAGUACUUCCUGGAUACACCCCAGCAGGCUGCAGCCAUCUUACAGAAGGUUGGAAGAUCCAACCUCCAAUUACAAAUGGAUAUAUUCCACUGGCAGAUCAUGGAUGGGAACCUGACAGGAAACAUCCGGGAGUUCCUGCCCAUCGUUGGCCUCAAGAAGAGCCUGGCCCCGUGUCUUUCCACAUCUGUCCCUAGGGCAUGUGCAGGUGGCACAGGUCCCUGGCAGAGGGGAGCCCGGGAGCCCUGGGGAACUGCAUUUCCCCUACCUGUUCCAGUUGCUGGAAGAUGAAGGCUACCAAGGCUUUGUGGGCUGUGAAUAUAAGCCUCAAGGAGACACAGUAGAGGGUCUGAGUUGGCUACGUUCAUACUGGGAUAGUAGGGGCCACCCACGGGUUGUCCAGUGAGGUCCUGCAUACCACCCGCAUGCCUUUCUGGGGCAAUGAGUGAGCACCCCGAAUCAUCAUCUUUGAAUUAAAGACAACCUGCUGAACA